CCUCGGCGCACGCAGCCGGCCCCGCGCCCCGCGCCCCGCGCCCCGCGCCCCCCGGAGCCGAGCCCAGCCGGGCCGGGCUCGGAGCCAGCCGCUCAUGGCGAAAGUGCCCGGCGAGAUGGAGAUCGAGCGGCGGGAGCGGAGCGAGGAGCUGUCCGAGGCGGAGAGGAAGGCGGUGCAGGCGACGUGGGCCCGGCUGUACGCCAACUGCGAGGACGUGGGGGUGGCCAUCCUGGUGAGGUUCUUUGUGAACUUCCCCUCGGCCAAGCAGUACUUCAGCCAGUUCAAGCACAUGGAGGAGCCCCUGGAGAUGGAGCGGAGCCCGCAGCUGCGGAAGCACGCCUGCCGCGUCAUGGGGGCCCUCAACACCGUGGUGGAGAACCUGCAUGACCCCGACAAGGUGUCCUCCGUGCUGGCCCUGGUCGGCAAGGCGCACGCGCUCAAGCACAAGGUGGAGCCCGUGUACUUCAAGAUCCUCUCGGGGGUCAUCCUGGAGGUGAUCGCGGAGGAGUUUGCCAAUGACUUCCCGCCCGAGACGCAGGGAGCCUGGGCCAAGCUGCGGGGCCUCCUCUGCAGCCACGUGACCGCGGCCUACAAGGAAGUGGGCUGGGUACAGCAGGUCCCCAACGCCACCACCCCACCCGCCACGCUGCCCUCCUCGGGGCCGUAGGACCCCCUCCCAGCCCCCCCUCCCAAGGCAGCACCUUGAGCAGAAGGCCGAGUUCUGAAGACCCUCCUUGACCCUCCAUUUUGGGGUGCCAAGGAAGCUGGAGGAACCCCGACUGUCUUCCUGGAAGGAGGCCUGAGCCAUGGCCGCAGUCCGCCGCCGAGCUGCCUGGAUGCGGACCCCGGCGGGCGGGCGGGCGGGCGGGGGUGGGGGGGACCCUCCCGUCCCGCAGAGGGGGGUCCACCCCGAGCUUUUCUCUUCACAGUGAGACAGGGAGCAGGCUGAGCGGCUGGAGAAGCAAGCGGGGGACCGGGCUGCGCGCCAGCCACUCUGGGAAAGAUUCAGCCCCGCUGGCGUUGCUCCGCCACCAGCAUGCAGGCCCCACCUCGGCACCCAGAGCCCCAUGCACACCUCCAUGUAUCCACAGAUAGAGUCUAUAUACGAGCUCUCUAGAAAUCUCUAUACUCACCUAUAGAUAGAUAGCUACAUCUACACCUACCCCGCGUCCCUGCGGGCCAGGAAGCCUCGCCUGCCCCUCUGGGGUGGGGGGCUGAGUUGUUCCGUACGGCAGAAGAAUCGAAGGACAAGCACCCCGAGAGGACCAGGCUGGCUGGCUGGGGAAAAGUUGGGGUGACCCAGCUUGCAGGUCCAAUCCAGCACCUCACAUUCCUGCCUUCCACCUCUAGGCAAACAUAGCAUUCCUAACCCUUCCCCAAAGAGGUUCGGCUUACGGACUUGUCCUGAUGUAGGCCAGGGUGAGGGCAGGCCCAGGGGACCCCCCCCUCCCCCACUGUAUGGCCUUGGGGGGGGGGGGUGUCUCGGCAAGGAAGGCUGAGAUGCCAGCCUCACUGCCCCCUGGCAGACGGCACCAGGGCGGGUGAGUGCAGAUCCCCGCCCUCCUCCACCCAUGGGCAUCAGCCUCCCUGGGGAGACCCCCUCCAUGGGGACCCCCGGUCACGUGAUUGUCCUGAAGGAUGUUUUGCCUGCAUCCCCUCCCGUCCCAUCCUCCCGCGAUCCCCCUGUCCACCUUUUGUAGUCUCAGAUGUUUGUAACUGGACCCAGCUGUGUCAUUAAACAGACCCGUCUUCGUGUA